CCAUCUUGACUGGCAUUAUUUCUUAGGAAAAAAAAAGUAUUAGCACAAACUAUGUAAUGGAAAAAUGAACGAGCUUACGAAAAGAAAAACGAACGGUUAUCGUUCGGCAACGAUACCCAGUAGAAAAAUGUGCUUACAUUUUCCCGUAAGUAUUGACCGGAUGGUUACAAAGAAAAGAAACUUCAAUGCUGAAUUAGAAAAUAUUAAAAAUCUCUUCCAGAUAAUUCACUGACAUUUACAGUUCGAAGAUGAGACAUUUUUCGAGGACUAAAACAAAACAGGUCCCAACGAGACUCGAACUCGUGAUCUCCUGCUUACUAGGCAGGCGCUUUGCCAUCUAAGCCAUGAGACCUUGUCAAAAUGCUCUUCUAAUCUUGUAAAUGUCGGUUUAAAUUGCGAUGUUGUUUAAUCAAUAACAGAGGCGACGAACAUCACAUAUCGCUUACCGUGGCUUGACGAACUGUGCGGUAGUUUAGAUUACCACAGUUAUAAUCUUUUCUGUUUUAAGUCUACUACUUAAUAUCAUGUCGAGAAUUACUUAUUUCACGGACAUGGAAAAGUCUGUGGUGACUGCUAAUUUUGUGAAACGCGGUUGGACCUCUGCCACUUCCGAUGAAGACUGGAAUUUCUACUGGGCCAACACCCAGACCUGUCGCAGUUUGUUCUCGGCCGAAAGUUCAUACCGUCUUGGUGACUACCAGCUGAUCAAUCAUUUUCCGAAUCAUUACGAGCUUACCAGAAAAGAUUUGAUGGUUAAAAACAUCAAACGCUAUAGACGUGAACAGGACAAAGAACGAGAAAUUCGGGAGCGGUCGCAAUUCAACCUUGAAUUUGUGCCCGUCACGUUUGUUUUACCAGCAGAUUAUAAUCUCUUUGCCGAAGAAUAUCGACGGUGUCCAACAUGUACAUGGAUCAUGAAGCCCUGUGGCCGUUCCCAAGGAUCAGGAAUCUUUCUCGUCACUAAGCUUUCGAGGAUCAAAAAGUGGUCCAAUGAAGGAAAUUCGGCAUCGGCUUACGGCCGUCAUGCUGCACAAACUCCAUCAGUGGCCAGUGGUAAUCCGCAGCAGCCAGCGCCACCGAGGGAAUCUUAUGUCAUUUCAAAAUAUAUUGAAUCACCCCUUUUGAUUGGUGGCAAGAAAUUUGAUCUCCGACUAUACGUUUUGGUGACAUCUUUUCGUCCUAUUCGAGCCUAUUUGUUUCGCCGGGGAUUCUGUCGCUUCUGUAGCGCCAAAUACGAUCGCAGCACUCAUCAGAUGGAUAAUAUGCUCGUCCAUUUAACCAACGUUGCUAUUCAAAAACAAGGGGAUGAUUACAAUCCACAUCAUGGAGGAAAGUGGAGUGUGGAAGAUUUACUUUUUUACGUCGCAAGUCUCCGUGGCAGUGAUGCAGCUGAAUUACUGUGGCAAGAAAUCUGUUGGGUUAUUGGGCAUUCGCUAAAAGCUGUGGCACCGAUGAUGUUAAGCGAUCCACACUGUUUCGAGUGCUAUGGGUACGACAUUAUCAUCGAUGCUAACCUGAAACCGUGGCUGAUUGAGGUGAAUGCAUCCCCCUCGCUGUCUACAACAACUAAUACGGAUCACUUCCUCAAACUAAGCUUAAUUGACGCAAUUCUUAACGUUGUAUUACCACCAGAUGGAGUACCAAACGCCAAAUGGAACAAACGUCCGUCUGCUGAUGCCUUGCGAGGAUGGAUCGUCUUAAUUGAUGAGGAAGCUAAAGUCGGGUCUGCUUAUGCUCGCCAGAAUAAAGGUAACAAAGCCAAGUCAUCGCGAUCUGACAAUGGUAGGAACAAAUAAGAUACCGUACCAUUUUCACCUCUCGUUGUAAAGUAGAACGGCAGCUAUUGUAAUUGAUCACAAAACGAAUAGAGAUUAUUUGCACUGCAUUGUAUUUGGAUUUUUUA